AUGGCGACGCCCUUUUCCUUCUCGUUUACAGGGGACGACAUAGAAAAUGAUGACGGCCAUGCCGCGCAACCAACAACCGCCGCGGCGGAUCCUUCACAACCGCCGCCUCCGCUGUCGUCAUCCGCAUCAACACCCGCAUUCGCACCCGCAUCAGCAUCCACAUCAGCAUCAGCAAGCGCCUUCCCGGUCCAGGGCAAGCCACUACUGCCGCCCAUCCGCCAUGACAUAGACCAGAUGCUGGCGAGGCUGCCGUCGAAGAUCGCCUAUGGGCUCCUGAGCGUGACUCUGGGGGACGAUUAUCCCGGCAGUGGCCCCACCGCCGCCGCCACGAUCCAGCUCCCGCGCCGCGAGCUGUGGGACGUGCGCGUGCAGCUCAUGGCCGAGGAAGAGGACGACGACAACAACCAAGACGGCAACGCCAGCGUCGGGCUCGGCGAGCACGACGUCAAGACGGGCAUCUACGAGGGCGGCUUCAAGAGCUGGGAGAGCAGCGUCGACCUCGUCAAGGUCCUGGCCUCGGAAGAUAUCCCCCACGCCGUGGGCCGUGAUCCCUGUGUCUUGAUAGAGCUGGGAUGUGGCACCGGCUUGCCCUCUCUGGCCAUGUUUCAAUGGGCCCUGGCUAAACGGGGCGAGUCAUCGUCGCCAUCAACGGCAGAGAGAUCGCCCUUGGUGCUGACCUUGGCCGACUACAACCCGUCGGUGCUCUACCUGGUGACUCUGCCCAACUUCAUCCUCACGUGGGCCCUCCAGCAGCAAGGCCAGCUGCCCCUCCUCGAGGAGGCGUUCUCUUCGGACGGCGAGCUGGAGCUGACGGCCGAGGUGGUUGCGGCCUUCAAGUCGUCGCUCGACGCCCACCACAUCACGCUGUCCUUCCUGUCUGGGGCGUGGUCCCCUGAGUUUGUCGACCUCCUCUACCAAGCGCCCGGCGGCAGCGCCAUCCCGGCCAACGCCAGGACGCUGGUGCUAGGGGCCGAGACAAUAUACUCGCCCUUUGCACUCGAGAGCUUUGUAACGACGCUGCUCUCCAUCCUGGAGCGCGAGCGCCGCGAGCGCCCUGGCAGCGGCCACGCCGCCGCGCUGAUCGGGGCCAAGAGGCUGUACUUUGGCGUGGGGGGCUCCCUGGACGACUUUGUCGACAGGAUGCGGGGGCUCGGCGCCACCGUCGACACACUCCGCGAGGAGACCGAGGGCGUUCGGCGAGGCGUCGUCCGGUGCAUCCUCGACUAG